AUGAAGUUUAACUUGUUCAGAACACAGGCCGUGGCGGCCGAGGAGCCCACCGGUUCCACCACCACCGUGACCAUGGCCCCCAGCCCAGCCGUUAUCUCCACCACCGCCCUGGACAUGUCUGGCUCCAACAACACAGAGAUCAGCAAGAAUGACAUGUUUGAGGAAAUCAAGAGUAAAUUCUUGAAUGAAAUUGAUAAAAUCCCAUUGCCUCCCUGGGCCCUGAUUGCCAUCGCUGUGGUGGCCGCGUUGCUCCUCCUCACCUGCUGCUUCUGCAUAAUCAAAAAAUGCUGCUGCAAGAAGAAGAAGAACAAGAAAGGGAAGAAGGGCAAGGACGGCUUCAACAUGAAGAACAUGCAGGAUGGCGAGAUACACCAGGACGAUGACGAUGACGAGGGAGAGACCGGAUUGACGGAGGAAGACAAAGAGGAAGAGGAGAAAGAACCAGAGAAACUGGGGAAGCUGCAGUACUCAAUAGAUUAUGACUUUGAGAACACAAAGGUCACGGUUGGCAUCCUACAAGCUGCAGACCUCUUGUCCAUGGACUCGGGAGGAACCUCAGAUCCUUACGUUCGAGUCCUGCUCUUCCCCGACAAGACCAAGGUGCACAAGACCAAAGUGCACAAGAAGACGCUGAACCCCGUCUUCAAUGAGACGUUUGUAUUCAAGGUGCCCUACGAGGAACUCGGCGGGAAGACACUGACACUGUCGGUUUUCGACUACGACCGAUUCUCCAAACAUGACGUUAUUGGGGAGGUGAAGAUUCCCAUGAACACCAUCGACCUUGGACGGCCGAUCGAGGAGUGGAAGGAUCUGGAGAGCGCCGACCAGGAGGAGCCUGAAAAACUCGGAGACAUCUGCAUCUCCCUUCGUUACGUCCCCACGGCUGGAAAACUCACCGUCUGCAUCCUGGAGGCAAAGAACCUGAAGAAGAUGGAUGCCUGCGGAUUAUCUGAUCCUUAUGUGAAGAUCCAGCUGCUGCAGGGGGGUAAGCGUCUGAAGAAGAAGAAGACCACGGUGAAGAAGAACACCUUGAACCCAUAUUACAAUGAAUCCUUCAGCUUUGAAAUCCCUCUAGAACAGAUGCAGAAAAUCUUGGUGGCGGUCACGGUGUUUGAUUAUGACAAGAUCGGUAAGAACGACGCCAUCGGGAAGGUCUUCAUGGGCAGCAAGGCGACCAGCUUGGGCCUGAAGCACUGGUCCGACAUGCUGACCAACCCCCGUCGUCCCAUUGCCCAGUGGCAUCCAUUGCAACCCGAGGAGGAUAUCGACGGUCAGCUGGCAUCUCUGGCGGCCAAGAAGUAA